AUGAUUGCCUCUAUAGUCUUUGCGGUCCUUGCUUGUCUGAUCCCUAGUGCUCCGUGGCCGUACAGUCCUGGGGUCUAUGAGACUGUUUCGCCGCCUCGCGAUUCGUACCGGUAUUGCUUCGUGAAGCCCAACCGCAGAGGUGGCGAUGACAGCGGCAACAUCCUCAAGGCCUUCCACGACUGCAACCACAGCGGCACGGUGGUCUUGUAUUCCAACUACACCAUCACGUCGCCUUUGGAUCUCACCUUCCUCGAGCACAUUGACGUGGCCAUCACGGGCACGAUCAGCUUUGGGACCGACCUGCCGUACUGGGCCGAGCACUCGUUUAAGUAUGCCUAUCAGGACUUGAGCGCGUUCUGGCGGUUUGGCGGCAAGGACGUCAACAUCUUUGGCCACGGCAUUGGGUUGAUCAACGGCAAUGGUCAGCCGUGGUGGGACUUGGCGCCGUCGAAGUCCACCCUCCUGCGUCCGAUUCUGUUUAUGCUGGAUGGACUGCAUGGCGGCUCCGUGACGGGAUUGCGCAUGAUUAAUCCGCCUAACUGGUUCAACCUGAUCGCCAACAGUACCAACAUUCUGAUUAGCGAUAUGAACCUCAACGCAGUGAGCGCCAACUCGAACUAUCCACGCAACACGGACGGAUGGGAUAUGUAUUGUUCCGACGGGAUUGUCAUCCAGAACUCAAUCAUCAACAAUGGGGAUGACUGCGUUUCCUUCAAGCCCAACAGCACCAACAUCGUCGUCCAGGGCCUCCAGUGCAAUGGCUCGCAUGGCAUCUCGGUCGGGUCGCUGGGCCAGUAUGUCAAGGAGUUUGAUAUCGUAGAGAACAUUUACGUUUACAACACCUCCAUGUCCAAUGCCUCCGAUGGCGCGCGCAUCAAGGUGUGGCCUGGCAUUUACUCGAAUUUCCAGAGCAAUCUCAACGGCGGCGGCGGCUCUGGCUAUGUAAACAACGUGACCUAUGAUGGAUUUUUCAACGCCAACAACGACUGGGCCAUUGAACUGACCCAGUGUUACGGGCAAAAUAACCUGACCCUCUGCAAUCAAUAUCCGUCUAAUAUGACCAUUUCCAACAUCGUCUUCAAGAACAUCAGGGGAACGACCUCGAAGCGUUACGACCCCAAAGUUGGCACACUAGUCUGUAGUGAUGCCUCAAAAUGCUCCAAUAUCCAGGCGCACAAUAUCAGCGUCUCCCCACCGAGUGGAAAGACAGCGAAUUGGGUCUGUACCAACCUGGAUAGGUCGAUGCUGGACAUCAACUGCAUCUCUUGA